AUGGUAUCGCCACUAUCCCGAUUGCAGUCCAAGACUUUCCCUGCUAUGUCGUCAAUGCUACAGGAAAAAGAAAACUAUGAAGAGCUCAAUCAGAUAGGAAAUGGAGCAUAUGGUACCGUGUACAAGGGCCGAGAUCUUGUCAAUAAAGGAAAAUUUGUAGCAAUGAAAAAGAUAAAAAUCCCAUUGGCCCAAGAUGGUGUACCCAUGACUACUCUGCGUGAGAUUGCUCUACUCAAGCAACUUGAUCAACAACAACAUCCAAAUAUUGUCAAACUUUUGGAUGUGGUACAUGGUCCGAGACUAUAUAACGAGAAAUGUAUGACACUUUAUUUGGUGUUUGAACACAUUGAACAAGACUUAGCCACCUACAUGGCACGAUGUCCAAAACCGGGAAUGUCUUCCGAAAUCAUUAAGGGUGUUAUGCGACAAAUAUUAUCAGGAGUUGACUUUCUUCACUGUAAUCGUGUUGUACAUCGUGAUCUCAAACCACAAAACGUUUUAGUGUCAAGUGACCUCAGAAUUAAAAUUGCUGAUUUUGGUCUAGCCAAAAUAUAUGAUUUUGAUAUGAAGUUGACCUCAGUUGUCGUAACAUUAUGGUAUCGAGCACCUGAAGUUUUAUUAGGUUUACCUUACGCUACUGCAGUUGAUGUCUGGGCUUGUGGCUGUAUAAUGGGAGAGAUGUACAAAUUAUCUCCUUUAUUUGAUGGUGAAUCUGAAGCUGAACAGUUAGAUAGGAUAUUUAGGGUGAUUGGUCUACCAUCUGCAUUAAAUUGGCCAAAGAAUGUUUCUCUGUUGAGGAGUUCUUUUGAGUCUUAUCCACAGACUUGUUUGAAGACUGUAAUCCCUGAUAUAUGUUCUAAGGGAACAGAUUUGUUAAUGAAAAUGUUGAUGUUUGACAGUACUGAACGAGUGUCAGCUCGUGAGGCAUUGAAACAUCCAUACUUUAAUGAAACAUAA